AUGAAAUCUGCUGACAAAGAGAAACAUAGAGUUCAAAAGAAAAUGAAAGUCACUGCAGAAGAAGACAGGAAAUUGCGCCAAUUAGUUUAUAUUCACGGAGAAAAUAAUUGGGAAGAAAUUUCAAAAAGAAUGCAAAAUCGAAAUGUUAGACAGUGUCAUGAUAGAUGGCAUUAUUAUUUAUCACCUAAUAUUAAUACAUCUGUAUGGACAACUGCAGAAGAAAACACCUUAUUGGAAUAUGUUGAACAAUUUGGCAGUAAAUGGAUCAAAAUUGCAUCAAUGUUCCCUGGAAGAAACGACAUACAAAUUAAGAAUAAAUGGAAUUCAUUAAAAAGAAAAUACUCCUUAUCUAAACCCCUCAGAAUUGAAGUUAGAGAAACAGACAUUGAGAAGGAAGGAACUGAAUCUGAUUCUAAUAAGGAUGAACUUGAUUCAUUGUUUGAUCCUAAUCUACGACUUGCUGAUUUUCCAAUUCCUUACACUUAUGAUGCGGCAUUUGACAUUUAG